CCCUUGUUAUGGGCUGUCCCGGUGCAUGCUGGGAAGGUCACAGUGUGGAGGACUCCAUGUGCUGGCGCCGGUGACAGCCUGAGUGUAACGUGCAGCCCGACCCAGCCGCCGCCAUGCUCCCCGCCGCCCGGUGCUGCCUGAGACUGAGGGCCACAGCCGCCUCCAUGGGCAGGUUAGAGAUGUCUGUAGUGCGAUUACUCAGGACCUCCAGCAAUCUGAGGAACGAGGCAAUGGCAGCCCCAUCCCUAGACAAUGGUGCUAAGGAGUACCCUCCAAAAAUAGAGCAACUGGUUGAUCAGAUUGCUGGGCUCACUCUGCUGGAGGUCUCUGACCUCAAUGAGCUGCUCAAGAAAAAGCUGAAGAUUCCGGAUGUUGGGAUGAUGCCAAUGGGAGCUGUGAUGCCAGGAGCUGGUGCAGCACCUGUCCAGGCUGUAGAAGAAGAAGAGGCGCCUGUGAAACAGGAGAAAAGCCAUUUCACAGUAAAACUGACUGAGGUCAACGCUGUGGAAAAAGUAAAACUGAUUAAGGAAGUAAAGAACUGCAUGCAGGGUCUAAACCUGGUGCAGGCCAAGAAAUUGGUGGAGUCGCUACCUCAGGAAAUCAAGGCAAACGUUUCCAAAGAAGAAGCAGAGAAGAUUAAGGCCGCGUUGGAAGCUGCGGGGGGAAAAGUCGUGCUGGAGUAAAGGCCCUGGACUCUUUAUGACUGUUUAUUUGUGCAGGUCUCUAAUUGCAGUCCUACUGCCUUCAAUUUCACGGGAACUUGUCCAAUGCCACCUUUACUAUGGAGUUCCCUUCCUGGCAAACUGCAGGAGCACGCACUCUCUUGGACUGGCCUCAGCUGAGGUCCUGAGAGAGAUGCAAACUGUAUUGUCUGUCUCAUUGGCUCCACCUCCUGGGAAGGGUGUGGUAUGGGUACCACAGGUCAUUCUCUCACUGGACCUUGGCCUUUGGCGCACUUCACCUUGUUAUUUUUGUUUAAUGUCUCAUUAUCUAAUCUUGUUUUAUACAUUAAACUCUUACCAGAGGCUG